AUGCAGAACCGAUCAGAUGCUCAAAAAGUCCUUACCAAGAGCUGGAUACAAAUCAAUAGAAACCUUCUUGUGGGUGUGAAACCUGUGGAUCCAAUUCAAAGAAAAAUGCUCAACGAACCAACCCAGCAGGUUGCAGAUCGAAUACAAAAAGCCCUCCAAGAACGUCUGUGUCUACUUCACCGCUGUGAAUCUGAUUUCUUCUUAUUAGGUGCAACUGGUGAUGUUUACAAUGUCAGGUUAUCUACAACCUCCUUGUGCAGUUGCCCAGAUCGUCAGAGUCCGUGCGAACACAUACUUUUUGUUUUUCUUCGUGUUCUUGAAGUCUCUCUCAACGAUCCUUGUGUUUGGAGGAAGACUCUUAGGGAAUUUCAACUUACACGUCUACUCAACACACCCACAUCGCCUCAAAUCCUUGCUGGUUCUCGUGUACGUGAGAGAUUUCUUCAUCUAUUCUCAAACAAGUCAGACUUGGGUCCUCCACCAAAGCCUGAGCUGGGCAAGUGUGUUAAAUGCAGAAGGGAGAUGUAUGCUGAAGAUAGAGUAUCGGAUUGUGGCGCAGGCGUUUGUGACCCUGUUGGACAUGUGAAGUGUAUGAUAUAUAGGAAACCCUCUGGGGCACCUUUUUGUGCAGGUUGUGGAAGCCGGUGGAAUGAAGACCAGGAGAAGUAA